AUGUUAUCUGUACCUCUGAGUCGGGUACGCUCGCCGAAGCUGAAACGUCAAACGCCCGUUGACGACGAACUCGACGGUCAACAUCAAAGUCAACCAGCAAAGUCAAUUGCUUCAGAUUAUGAGUCGAAUUCAUCGCGUUCACUUUCACCCUAUUGGCGAAUUGUUAUGGAUCCCGAAUCGUCAUCUAGUUACUUAGAUGUACCUGAAACAACGAAUAACAGUCGACGAUCAUCAAAUAAUAGUGUUGUACGUUUUACUCCACAUGAUGGAUCCGACUUAUGUUCAAUUCUCGAUAUGACAUAUGAAUCAGAAAAUCUCGAAAAAGCAAUUAUUAGUAACGAUAAAUACACCGUUCGUCGUAUAAUUGAUAUCCACCAAAAUAAAUUUAAUCUCAUUAAAGAUCGUUCAAGUUUACCACAUACACAAUCAGGUUUUCCUACACAUCCGUUACCUGCAACACAUCUAACUCUCCAUCCCACGGCAUCAUUUGGCUCACCGUCAAUCACAAGUAACACAGAUUUAUUAGAAGCGGUUAGUAAACAAGCGCUAAUCAGUAAUGAAAAUGACGAAUUACCCUCGAUCUCAUCGCCCGAACAAACAAAUUCAAUGUUCGAACCAGCAAAUAGUAUCUUAAACUACACAAGUGGCCCGUUAGCGACCGCUUUGAUGAAUUAUCAUCAACAAGCACACUCAAAUAAUCAUCUCACAUCGAAUCCCUCCUCGAUCAAUAUUGGAUCGCCAAUGACUGAACGCCUGGAAAACGAACAUGAUUCAAUGAUCACAGCUCCAACCAGUUUUAACAAAGAAUCGGUUUAUCCAACAAGCGACUCACCAAACGAUGCUCCGCCCAUCUUUCGAAAUGUUCUACAUGUAGCUAUUAUGUAUGAUGCUCGCGAUGUCAUGCGGAUAUGUUUGAAAUAUGGUAUCGAUCCCAAUGCUCCCGGUAUUCAUCCAAAUACCAUCCAUACUUCAUCAAAUUCUCAAACACCAACAUCCAACACCUACUCUCAUUCAAGCACGCGUUUAUCACCUGAUCUGCCACGCGCAUCACCAUGUCGAAACGGUACUCUCGAUUAUACGAACUAUUACACUAAUGAACGUUUAUUUACGCUACCACCGUUGUUUCUUGCUGCUCAACGUAAUAAUCAUUAUGCUUGUACACUUUUACUUAAAUAUGGUGCGAAUGUUAACGUACGUGAUGAACAAUAUUGCAGUCCAUUACAUUUAGCUGCACGUCUGCAGCAUGAUGUGUGUGAUAUUCUUAUAUCUCAUCACGCUUGUAUAACAAUUUCGAAUAAAUAUGGUGAUACACCUUUGUCUCUCUGGCCCAACGUCAAGCAACUACAAAUCGCAUUUGUUGAACGUGAAUUUAGUAAACUCUGUCGUAAGCAUUCGUGUGUGUCGAAGCGUUAUCGAUUUCUCUCGCGUGAUACGAACAAUGAUCAUUACCAAACGAUAUCAUCAAUGAUGAAUUAUAAUAACGGCUUAGUACCAGGUCAUGGAUUGAAAAACUUGAAACGUGUUUUCCGAUACAGUGGAAGCGAUUCGUACGAUUCGAAAUCGUUUAAGAAAAGUUUCUCAUCGCAAAGUUCAAUCGGUAAAUCAAAGCGAAUAACCGGAAGUAAUCUUCAAACAAAUGGACCAGGAACAUCCAUCGGCCGAAGUGAAUCUCGACAAGUAUCGGAAGAACGUGAAGAUACAGACAUAGCUCAUCUCGGAAGAUCAUUAAAUGUUAAACGAAAAACCGGUACAUCAUCAUUGGCUGUCAAUAUUCUUAAUCCUCAUAAAUCAUCUCGUCGACAACGACACUAUGCUGCUGCAGUAGCUCAAGCAUCCGCAGAAACUCAAGCUCUCAAUGAUCGUCUAUUCAAACGAUUUUCCGAAUUAAGUCGACUUGCGACCAAUAGCGAAUGUGUCGAUCAAUUGAUGGAUCUAUUGCGUAUGCAAAAUUCGAUGGACGAAAUCUUAUCUCUAAUAAGUCAAGCAACAUCCGCACAAGUACAUGCCCGAAUUGCCGAAUUACUCCAUACAUUACUUAAUACAUGCUACCAAGAAUUUUUACGCAAUCAUGAUAAACGUGAUCAUGUGGAAAAAUUUCAAGUACACACGAAGAAACUCUUGGAUAUUUCAUUGGAAUUGCUCUCGAGUGAUAUGGUUAAUAUGCAAUAUUUAGCAUUGAUAACAAUCAAUCGUUUAUAUGAUGUUUAUGUAUAUCACAAUUUGAUCAAUCCAGGUCGCUAUAAUGCAUGUUAUAUUCCAGCAUCACGUCGACAAUUAACAUUGAAUUCCAUGAUAAAUUCCAAUUCAUCACCAUCAAAUACAAAUUCAUGUGAUGAGUCAAAAACAGGAAACGAUCGUUUGCCCAAAACAUCAACGCUGUCGAGUAUUCUACGAAAAAUUUCGCGUGAAACUGAUGAAAAGCGUGCAGUCGCAGCAGCAGCAACGGGUGGAAAUGCGUAUCUAAAUUCGAAACUAUCAUCCAACAAUACCCAACAGACCUCGGGUCCUGGACCAGGUGGUGGUAGCAGCGGAACGGGAAAUAGUAGUAGCAAUACUAGUGGAAAUACUGGUGGUAUAUUGACACGUGAAGCAUCCAAACGAUGGAUUCCAUUGUAUAGUAAUGAUAAUCUUGCUCCGACAUCUUCAUCACCGUCUCCUGUUCCACCGUCAUCAUCUCCGAAUAUAUCAUCAUCCCAAGGGCCCAAACUCUCCUCAACCGAUUCACCCAAUCCUCAAGCAUCACCGUCACAUUUCUCGAAAUCUCAUCUGCUAAACUCGGAAACUUCCUCAACAAACAAUGCAUCCUCAACAUCCAAUGAUAAUACCAACUCGGCGUAUACAUACGAGCCAUUUUCUUUGCUGUACAAAAUCGAGCCAAUACAUCUCCUGCGUUUAAUGCGGACACGUUUGGAUGCUCAUCGACGAGAAUUCAAUAAUCGACCAAAAUGCGUUCCAUCAACACGUUCACCCUUAUGUACACAUCAUUGUGUAGUGAUUUUAGCAGCGCGCAUAUUGACUAUACUCUGUCAAGACCAUACAUUUCAAAUGCGAUUCAUUAGCACCAAGGAAAAUCUUGCUAUUAUUAUUGAUAUGUUAAAUAUUAAUAAUGAUCCGCAUUUAAUCUGUUUAAUUCUUCAAACACUGGGCGUCGUGGCGUUGAAUCCCGACUUGCAUGAAGUGCUAACCCAAGCCGAUAUUCCCGAUACUGUCUUGCACUUAAUUCUACCGGCUGACGAAAUGUUCUACACGAAUCAGACGACGAAAUUCGCGCGCUAUGUCAAACAUCUUGGUGCGAGAAUUCUUGUUUACAUGGGUUUGUUAACCAAAGUCAGCAAUAAAGUUAAUCUCUUCGACAUUCUUGAUGUCGAACCGGAACCACUCGAUUGUGAUAAACCACAAUCAUUUGAAAAUAAUUUCGUUCAUCAUAUGGCGGUCGGAGAAACUGUUGUGGGAACACUCUGGACAUCUUUCGCUGGUAUAUGUAUCGAAAAAUUACUUGAUGAAUUACUUAAAAAUGGAAUCAACCAAAAGAAGUUUCCAACGAAAGAAUUUCAAGAUCCAGCUCAAUUACCAACGAGUCCAACAUCUCCAACAGGAAUGUUGAGUUCAAGUGAUAAUCUUCUCUACAAUCUUUCAUAUUUAUCAUCUGUGAUACAUCCUGUUAUCAUACUUCGUUUACUUGAACAUCGUCUAUUCACACCGUUAUUCAAGAAAAAAGCUGUCACAAGUAAUCCGCCACCGGCAGUUAUUCCUCAGCAAGCCGCCGAUACAAAACCGACGAACGCAACGAUCACCCCGAACAUUGGAAUGUCUGCACUGGCAUCGAUUCCGACCUUACCAAAACCGGAACCAUUCAAACGUCAACGCAGUUCAUUGACAAAGGAAAGCUACUCGUCGUCGAGUAACCAUGAUCGAUCAUCGCUAUUAACCAAAUUCACGCAUUCGACUUACGAUAAACAUCGAAAAUCGUCGAAGUACGCCACACCAAGCGCGUCUGUGUCUGGCACAGCUUCUACUAGUUCUCAAAAUACCGCUAAUAGUGCUCUACCAACAACGGGCACAUCAACAACAAAUGGAAUAAACGCGAUUGAUCUAUCAUCCUUAUUACCGACAAACAAUUCCAAUUCGACAACGACAACAACAACAACACGAAAAUGGUUUUGGAGAAAUUCAGAGAAAAAUAUCCAACCAAACAUUCCCAAUGAUCGCAAUCCGUUACUACAAGCUAUUGUUGAGACUGAUACGUCAACAAUGGCGAAUCACAAUCAGUCGAUGUCGAAUCCACCGAUCAGCAAUGGUGUUGGAGAAAUGAAAUUAUUCGAAAAAGAACUAUUAAAUUUACCGUCGUUUCAACUAAGUGAUUCGCAAAAUCCUUUGUUACCAAGUCCAACAAGUUUGAAUUACGAUUUUACAGCUCCAUUCGAUCAAACAAAUCUGAUGAUGAAGGAAACAAAUUCACCGAAUAGUUUAUUUAAACCAAAGUUACCAGAUGAUGAAUCAACAUCAUCGAUAACUGAAAAUACUGGUGGUAAUGGUCUCUUAACAACACUAAAUAUUCCAUUUGUUGCUGUUCGCACUCCAUCGGACGAUAGUAAUAGAUCAUCAAGUCAUAACAGUACUCCGUCAAGGCAUUUAUCAUCAGCUGAUAAUCGUCAACAACGUUCUCUAUCGAAUACACGUAUGUCGGUUCGUGAAACAGUGAAAAGUCUAUUUCGUUCAUCGAAAACAUUCGAUCACAUGUCGAGUGUGUUGACAAAUGGAAAUAGUGGCUCAACAAGUCAUUCGAUAUUCAAUCGAAAUCUUUCAAAAGUGAAGUCUUCAACACCAUUGAAGAACAAACAACUGUCUCAUUCACAGCCGAUUGUGACUGAAUCGUUGAUAGAUGAUAACAUUCAUUUCGAAUCGCCAGUUAUUGGCCAUAGUGAACAGACACCUCUACUCGAUCGUAGACAAGAAUCCAAACGUCAAAAUUAUAUGAACGGCUUACCUGAGAACCGAAACCAUCAGACGAAUAGUCAUAAUAAUGUCAAACAAACGCGUCUAAAUCGAAAGGGACUACACCUCCCACUCGAUCUCGAAGGUUUACAUCGGAGCCGUUCAUGUACAGAUGAAAUUAUCAAUCCACUCAACCAUCACGAAACAGAUUUACUCAAUGGAACAACAACAACACCAGGGACUGCAGCGAAUCUUCAACCGGAUGGUAUUUCGCUACGUUCGUCAGAUAGUACAGCUUCGUCAUUAUCAGCGUAUUUAUCACCGCAACAACUAGUUACGACACAAUUAUCAGCAGCACCAUCAGGAACGACGGCGACGACCAAUGGAAAAAGUGAAACAACUAAAUCUCAAGAAUCGCUAUUUAGUUUUUCAUCGCCGAUACAGAAACAACGAUCGUUUAAAUCGCUAAUUAUGGCGGCUGCAACGAAGGAUACCGCAACGAAACAAGGCAAUGAAGUACUUUUUCUCAUUGCAAAUUGGGUCUUACGAUCGCCAGAAGACUUUCAAGAUUAUCUAGUUCAAAAAGAACUGAAAAGUUUCUUUGCCCUGUUAGAAUCUUUACGUAGUUCAUUUCGUAGUUGGACAAGUCAAAUUAAGGAAAUUCUUGCCCUUCAAGAUGUUGAGUCGCCUCUCGGGACUGAAAUGGACGAUGCAACGAAUGAAGAUAUUUACCGUGAAUAUAUCAAAAUGCAACGCGAUAUUGUCUCCGGACGACUAAUUUGUUCGAAAGAAGAAGCAGCAACAUUAGCUGCUGUGCAAUUACGUCUCGAAGCAUGGCCAGAAGAAAAUCUCGAUCUUGCAGAAGAUGAUGAAUUACAUACAUUGAAUUUAUCAUUAAACGAUCAAACUUCUCCGACGCAAUUGACUAAUACAGGUGGUAUAUCAGGUUUACAUUCAAUGACAGCAUCAUGGCGUGAUCGGCGUCGUCGGAAUCUUAUUAAAUUUCGUUUGACUGAUAUUCCUUGUUGUAAACGCGUGGAUUCGAGCAUUCACAAAUCGAAAAGCCCGUUUCUUCCGCCGGAUUUUCGUCACAGUAAUGAAAUACUUAAACUAAUCAAAGAUAAACAACGAAAAUUAUUUCAUAUCAACGAUUACGAUAAUCCCACGCGUUUAAAAGAAUGUUACGUACGUUUGUGUCGAAAUUUGUCGUGUUAUAAUGCGGAAAUGUAUGUUGUUAAAGAAAUCCAUGGAAAACGAUCAAAACGAAAGGGCAAUCGAAUUUUGUGCAUUCGAUCCGAUAAAAUCUGUUUAUUAGAUAUGAAAACACGUGUAAUUUACAAAGAACAACGUAUUGCUGAUCUAGAACACUGGAUAACGAGUGGCCAUCAUUUAAGUGCAGGAACCAACGAUCUCGUUUUAGAAUUCCGGAACAAAACCAAGUGGCGUUUGCAAUUGAACAACACUGCUGAUCUACGUGCUAUAACUGUUUAUCUAUGGAAAAUCGUUAAUGUCGAAGGCUUUGCGCUCUUCGAUAAACACAUUCCAUUAAAUUCAUCGAUGCGUCGUUAUUCUCAAUCACAUCAAACAGGUCGCCGCGCGACACUAGUCUCCUCAUCAUUAUUACCGAAUUCAAAUAAAAAUCCCUAUCAAACUAUAGCUGAUAUGUACAAAAAUUCUGCUCAUCAUUCAAAUAAACAAUCCAUGUCAACAACAGACCAUAUUCAAAACUUAACACGUAUGAUGCAGAGUAAUCGUUCGACAACUACUUCGGGAAUUUUGAUGAAUUCAUCGUAUAUUCACCCAUCGGACAAUACCCAACCCAUCUGCUUCUCAUCGGAUCUUGAAGAAUUGAAGUGUCUGUUCGAUUUUCCGGAAGAAGUUGCAAUACGUUUGACAGAAAUAGAACAUGAAAUCUUUCUCAGUGUUCCGCCCUUACAAUAUCUACGACAUUUAACAUUAGACAUGUCAUUCUUGUCCGCAAAUGACACAUCAAUACAGGGCAAAAGCAUUCGAAUUCUCGUACAACGCUUUCAAGCUGUUGGAUCAUUUAUUCAACAAUUAAUCGUUUCACAAACAAGUUUUCAAGAACGGAAAGCAAUCGUGGCUUCUAUCCUUCGAUGCGCAAUUACUUGUUGGUAUAUGGGAAAUUUUAACAGUGCUAUGCAGAUCCUAGCCGGAUUAAAAAUCGAAGCAUUUCGUCCAUUAUGGUUAACCAUAACAGAUGAGAUUCCGGGUUUUAAGUUUCUUACCGAUGCAUUCAAUUCAAAUGAGAAAACGCCACAGUAUUGCGAUGCUGUCAGUCGAGCAUUGGAUAUUCCAACUUGUAAAGUUGUACCAUUUUUUGGUACGUUCCUCAAAGAUCUUCGCGCAAUAUUGAGUAGCGUACCGAGUAUCGUUGUUCUAUGUAAUCGAAAUACACAAAAACCAAUUGAAACUGUAACAGAUUUUCAAAGUCAAGAGCAUUUUCUUACUCGUAUUGGCGUAGGUGGUCUGAUUAAUACUCGGAAAAUCGAACUUGUUCACAUGGUUUUAAAAGACAUCGCUAUGUUUCACAAUCGUCAUCGUCGUCAGCCUCUAUUCAAAUGCUGUAAUGACUUAAAUCGCAUUAAAUUACCGUCACCAGCGAUAGUACCGGACAUGAAAGAAAAACAUGCAGCUACUGUUUGCGCAGGUUCUGAUACGGGUUCAUCGGAUAAAUUAUCAAAACCGAAAUAUAAUCGUCAUCAAUCAUUUCCGUGCACAUCGACAACGAAUAACGAAUAUGAUCAGGAACGAUCAACGAAUAUAGCGAUCAAUGUCAUUGGAGAUAAUGAAACUUCAAAUGUAAAUGAUGAUGAAGCAGCUUACGGAAGAAAUUCGGUUUUACCGUAUCGAUCGACAUUGGAUAUUGAUGAACCUGAAACAUAUUAUUGUUUGAAUGUUUCCUUUUAUCAACCAAUAACGCAACCGAAACAUAAUCAUGAAGUCUCACUCUUGUCCAUGCAUCAUAUUGUUGAUUUUAAUAAUCUACAAAUGCUUCGAAACGGAAGUACGCUGAUACUCUAUGAUGAAGAUACAAUGCAUACAUGUUUAGUCACUGUUCGACUUGAAUUAGAUAAUUGUACAUUAACUUGGACGAAGCCAUCCUGGGACACACAUCGAAGUAUUGAGAAUGUUAAUACAGCUAAUCAAAUGUCAAGUGAAGCAGCACAUUAUUCAAUCUUGAUGAAACGUUAUGUUUUACGUGAUGUGGCAUUUGUUGAUAUGGACGAAGGUUUCCUUCAAUUGAAAUAUGUUAAACAUAUUCGGAGUGGAAUCCUUCAUUGUGAUCUUCUUCCAAUUAUCAAACGUUACAAAUUAAAUGAUAUAUCUAAUCCGGAGAAUUGUUUUACUGUUGUCUAUGGUGCAUCGAUCAGUGAAAAUAAAUCGCUUUGCUUCAUCAGUCCGAAAUAUUGUUCACAAAUUUGGUACUCAUGUAUCGAUAAAUUAGUUACGCAAUAUCGGAAACAUCGACUUUGUUCGGACCGACGUAUUGUUUGGCUUAAGAAUCAGUAUUUAUCAUUAUAUCAUGAAAAUGAACGUUUUCAAGGACCAACACCCAUGCAUGCCAUACUUAUUUUUGGCGGAAGGCAAUGGAAUUCCAGCUCCUUGUUUUCCUAUGAACGAGAUCAUCCAUCGUCGAAAAAACCGAGCAGCGUCAUGAAGUCUUGGUCGAAUUUAGCUCUGAGAAGACGAAAUAAAUUCGAACAGGAUCGAAAGGCAAGUUUUUCAACCGAAUCUGAUCCCACAGCAGCAUCGAAAUGGCAACAACAAAAUUCUAAUCUUGGCCUUCGCAGCAAAUCGAAAACACUUGAAUAUAAACCAAAACCUACUCUUACCACCCAGCCUGCCAAACCACCUCGAUCAUUAACACAAACUCAUUCAAAAACACGUCCCGGAACCACAGCUCAUCCAUCCACUCAACGUACGACUACAACAAGUACAUUGAAUAGUUUAAUUAACACAAAACGAUUAGCAAGUCGAUUAGCAUCGGCUCAUUCGAAUAGUCAAGUACAAGAUUCGUCAUCACCGUGGAUUAUCAACGAGACUUAUAUGGACUUUCCGGAGUUUGUUGAAUUGUUCAAAUCAUUCUAUUUUCAUUGUCGGCGAGAUUUGAAAGACUUGUUCGAUAAAUUCGCGUCCGAGAUCAAUCUUGAACAAGAUUAUACGAUCAAAGAACAGUACAAAAACGAUUCACUCGAUAUUUCUCGACAUUUAACUGGUUUAAUCACAAGAAAUAUCGUUGAUGACAUCACUGAUGCAAGUGUGCGAAGAAUUUAUGAUAUGAUCGCAAUUUCAUCCAUACCUUGUUAUGCUAUAAGUACACAUACACGUGGAAAUUAUCUCAUAACAAAAGAACAAUUUCGAGACUUUCUACUCGAACAUCAAAAAGAAGAGAAGACUAUGUAUGAAAUUGAACAGAUUAUUUAUCGCCAUGAACCUAAUCGACAAAAUCGAUUGAAUAAAGUUCUCUCGUUCGAAGGAUUUUCCCGUUAUUUAUUGGAUAAAGAGAACUACGCAUUCGUGAAUGAACAUACCAAAGUCAACGAACAAGACUUUGAUUACCCUCUAUCAUAUUAUUUCAUCGCAUCUUCGCAUAAUACUUAUCUAACCGGUCAUCAACUACGUGGUGAAUCGUCCGUUGAAAUGUAUCGUGAAGUUUUGUUAUCUGGUUGUCGUUGUGUUGAACUUGAUUGUUGGGAUGGUGAUGAUGGUUAUCCAGUUAUCUAUCAUGGUCGUACAUUUGUUAGUAAAAUCUCUUUCAAAUUAGUCGUAGAAGUGAUUAACGAAAGUGCAUUUCUCACUUCACCCUAUCCAGUUAUCUUGUCCAUUGAAAAUCGUUGCACAUUAAUGCAGCAGGCGCGCAUGGCUCAAAUCUUUGUUAAAGUUUUCGGUGAUAAACUAAUUACGAAGUAUAUGUUCGAUUCGGAUUUCUACGAAGAUCCUCAAUUACCAUCGCCAAACCAAAUGAAAUACAAGAUCUUAAUUAAAAACAAGAAGAUCAAUAAAAUGCAUUCGACAACACAGCUGAGUAAACAGAAAGUACAACUGAGUGUGAAUUAUCGAAAUUCAGUGUAUUCCUCACCGGAUGAUAAUGAAGAAGAUGAUGAAUCGGAUGAUGAUGAACUAAUUGAUGAUUUUAAUGACGAUCAGCUAGUCAGUGGAGAAUCACAACGUUCGAAUUCGAUGACUGAUUCACCGAUGUACCAUCUGAAGAAACCAAACAUCCCGGGAACGAUUGAUCAAGAUGGCGACGAUGAUUUGCGACCAUAUCAACAACGUCGGUAUAGCAUAUUGAAUACUGAGCCAAGACAACGCUUGAAGAGUAGUAGUUCGAUCGAUGCAAAUCAGAUUAUCAAAGCAAAUAAAUCAACAACUAUUUCCAAGUUACCAGCGAUAAUCGUAGCGAAAGAAUUAUCGGAUAUUGUUAUUUAUACUCAAGCAGUGAAAUUUCGAGGAUUAAGUUGUUCAUCAGCAUCAUCGAAUAUGGCUGGAGGAAAACCUAUUCGAAAGGCGCCGAAACGUAAUAUUCAACAGCUUGUUGCCCAACCGAGCACUACGAGUACAGAGAGUUCUCGUUCUAUCGAUCAAGUGUCACCAUGUCAUCAGAUUGUAUCUUUAAUUGAAAACAAAGCGAAGAAAUUAUGUAAAAAUCAAGCUGUAGAUAUGAUUGCACAUACUGAAACACAACUCGUACGAUGUUAUCCAAGUGGUUUUCGUGUCGAUUCUUCAAACUUCAAUCCACUGCAUUUAUGGACAUAUGGCAUUCAACUAGCUGCAACAAACUACCAAACACUUGAUGCUGGCCAAAUUCUUAAUCUAUCCAUGUUUGAACAAAAUGGCAAUUGUGGUUAUGUUCUCAAACCGAGUGUGUUUUAUGAUAAAGAACAUCCUCAAUACGGUCAUUUUAAUCCAUCGGUGAUCGAACGCGAAGGUUCAUGCUAUGAAUUAACUAUCACUGUUAUCUCUGGACAAUAUUUAACUCAGAAUGUGAGUUCAACAACGAGUGUUUACAUUGAAGUUGAACUUCUUGGAAUUCCAAUUGACUGUAUGUCAAGAAAAACGAAACCAUCAGUGAAGAAUUCACUAAAUCCCAUCUGGCAAGAAACAUUCGUUUUUCAGUUAUUCUUCAUCGAAUUAGCAUUUGUUCGUUUCCAUGUUUACGAUGCUGGUAGUAAUCAUUUAAUGUCUCAACGUGUCAUGCCGUUGAAAUGUCUUCUGCCUGGUUAUCGACAUGUUCGUUUACGCGAUAUAAGCAAUUGUCCAUUAGAAUUAGCAACGUUGUUUAUCUAUUCCAAAACCACCGAAACAAUUCUUCUACGAAAUACGGAACCGGAUUUAUCUACGUCGAACACACCACAUCUGUUCCGUACGAAGAUCUUGCGACGAGCAGCUGAUCCACCUGAAGUUGUCGCAGCGAGUCGAGAAUUUAUUCGACCGAAACAUAAAACAUUCGAAGUGAAAGUCUACGGCAAAGAUGGACGAGAUGAAGACUUUCGACCAUUUGCUGUUACACAAUACACAACUGUUGAAGAACUUAUGGAUAUGAUUGCCAAAGCGAAUGAUUUUUUGAAAGUUGGUGAAACAAUCAAUGAUAUGAUGUUGACUGAGUCUUCGAAAACAUGGAAAAAGAAAGCUUCGUCGUCAUCGAAGAACAACGAUGUCACGCCGCGUAUACUAGAAAAACAUGAGCGUAUUCUCGAAGUUAUUGAUCGUGUUGGACGCGAAACAGUUAUUCUUUGCAAAAAGAAAACUCCAACACAACAACAUUUAUCUCUAUCAACUCUAAUGGAUAAAAACAUUCAAAAUUGGGAAAAUUGUGACCGAACAUUUCUCGUCACGAUUUACAAUGUUUCGCCUAUACAAAAGCAUACAACAUUUCGCACACCAGUUAACUCAACAGCGAUUCAUGUGAUUACACAAUUAAUGACAAAAAUCCGUAUGACAGGAAUGCCAAAUGAUUACGGUCUGAUCGAAGAAACCGAUCUGAAUACAAUGAAUACCACACGACGAAUACCAAUAAAGCGUCGUUUGUUAGCUGAUGAUGAGAAAAUCUACGGCAUUCAACGUCUAUGGACAUCAACCAAUUCGAAAUUUGUUCUCGUCAAGAAAGUCGAAUAUUCCGAAACGAACACCAACAAAGCUUUUACCGACAAAUUUCUUUUCCGUUCAUUAGCCCGACAGAAAUCCAUCGAUCGAGGUUCACACGAAGUAGACAUCCAUGCCGAUCAUCCAUCGAAACUUCGAACACCAAACAGUUUAACUCCAACGAGUGCAAUGAAUGGUAAUCUGAUUAAUCGAACGACACUUGCGCCAACGCCACCAAUACCAAAGACUCACCAUAAUAAUAAACGUUCACUGAAAACAAUCCUCUCCACGUUGAAAUCUUGA